AUGGACGCACCGAUCAUGAUGAAGCAGUACGACACUGCUCCAAAGGCAGCUCUGCCUCAUGAUCUUCCCCCAACCGAGCUUUCCGUCCCGGGUCCCGACUCUGUCACCGUCGCAAAGAAGCGCUCCCAAUGGUCCUGCAUCGACGACAACCGCCUCCGAAACAAUCUCUUCGCCGCCGUCGGUUUUCUCGAACUCGCAAAUGCAGGCGACUUUGCCGCCAACGUAUGGAACGACGUCCCCGUCCCCAUCUACGCCAUCGUUUUCAUGGCAAUCGGCGGAACAUCCGCCUUUGUCCUCUCAAUCUGCGCAUUUUUCGAUUCGAGGAAGGCGUGGAGGAAUAUCAAGUUCUUGCGACAGCAGAAACAAUAUCUCGAAACGGAGAAGGAGAAUCUACCCGCUGGAGCGGACUCGAGGGGCCUUGAUGUUUUUAUCGAGAUUACGACGAGGGAGUUACGAAUUGAGAUUAUUAAUCGCUGGGCUAUGGACUUGUUGAUGGGAGGGGGCGCUAUGUUGAUCAGCAUUGGUACAUACAUGGCUAUUGGUGGUGCGAACAGAAAGGUCUGGCAUGCGAGUAACAUCCUCUCCGGAUAUCUCGGCAACGCCCCCAUCGCGCUAUUCGGCCUCAUCAGUGCGAUCUGGGCUUCCAUGGUAGUCUCAAAAAUGCGAUCGCACGUCACAAUCGCUAAAAAAGAACUUCAAGGAUCACCAUCACUUCCGUUAUUGAAGCAGAGAUGUUUCAGCGUUCAGCUCUUCUUCGUCCUCAACGGCAUCGCGAAUGUUCUUGGCGGAGUUGGCUCAAUGAUCACGGCCGAGAGAUGGUGGGGUUACUGUAUCCUCAUUCCCGUCAUCGUCACUUCGAUCUUUUGCAACGUUUGGUGGCGACAUAGAGUUGGAUAUGAUCGACCUUGCAUAUCAGCUAUACCGCCGUUGACCGUUGAUAAUAUCACUGAGGCACUUGAGUCAACCUCUCAACUACGACAUACAAUUCAAGACGGCGCUGGCGUCGACCUUGAUCAGAUCUUUGGAGAGGAGGUCACUCUGCAGGAUGUCUUGAAGUUAUUCGUCAAGCACGACCUCUUUGAGCAGUUCAGUGUGCGAUUAGUUGCCAACAAAAAGAUUGGCCACUUAUUCGUCAAGGCGCAAGAGCUUCGAGUACAAGUCAGUGUUGCUAGUGUCCUAGAUUUACCGGAGGAACAUUACCCUCUUAUUCUCGCUGCAGCGUUGAGAUUUUUGAAGAAGCAAGGACCAAGACACUUGCUGCACCGAGAGAGAUUUCUGAUUGAGGUUUUGGGAACAUACAUGAACCAGGAGAAGAAGAGCCAGGCGGUGGAGGUUUAA